AUGUGAAUUACAUGUUAAAAUCAACAAUAUAAAAUCAAAACAAUGGAUGAAGUUUGUCGCUUUUGCACGUUGAACUGCACCACACUGGAGAAUAUAUUUGCCGAGCGAGAGCGGACGAAUAGUGAGCCCCUCCUGAGUGUAAUGCUGGAGUAUUGUACGGACUGUGAUAUCAGGGAGUCCGAUUCGUUGCCCCAAAACAUAUGUGGUCCCUGCAUAUCGGCAGCUAAGAAUGCAUUUGAAUUCAAGUUUAGAUGCAAGCAAAGCGAAAACUACUUUAAGGAUCUAUUAAGCGAAUGUGAUCAAAAGCCCGACAUCGAGGAGCUCAUCACAGGCGAUUCGUGUCUAACCGAAAGUACCUUGGACAAUGUUCACCAAAAAUCAGAACAGGAUACAACUGUUGUUGAAGAUAACCUUUCCGGCCGGGAAGAAAGCUCUACAGCAGAAGAAUCAUGUGAAUCCGUGGAUGACGAUUACUCCAAGGAAGGUGAAGGAAGUUCAUCAGAGGAAGGAACUGAGGAAACAAAACCCAACCGACGGUCGAGUAAACGCAACAACUGUAAAGCAACUGUUAAGAAGACUAAAGAGAAGAAACCGCAUAUAUGCCAGCAUUGUAGCAAGGAAUACUCUUGUAAAUCGGAACUAAUCAGACACUCAGUUGCCCAUAGUGACGAACGUCCUUUUGAGUGUCCUCACUGCUCAAGGCGAUUUAAAACGAAAAAAAAUCGCAUGCUGCAUAUACGCAUUCAUACUGGAGAGUGUCCAUACAAUUGCCUACUUUGUUCGGCUAAAUUUAAGACGAGUAGUGACUUGAAGGUUCACGUCUUGCGACACACUGGCGAGCGCCCUUAUAAAUGUCCACACUGUUCCAAGACCUUUCUUCAUAGCUACUCUUUCAAAGCUCAUAUUCGGAAUCAUGAAGAUCUACGGGAAUACAAGUGUCCACACUGCCCGAAGAGCUUUAAUAAUAAGUGUAAUCUAGAUAAUCACAUUCGUGUUCAUAGUGCAGAGCGGCCACACAAAUGUCCCCACUGUCCUAAGUCGUUUUUUCGAAUCAGUUAUUUAGAAAAGCACAAUAAGAUACACACUGGGGAGAAUUUACAUCAAUGUACUGAAUGUUUAAAAAUCUUUGCUUCACUUCACGUGUUAGCUAAGCAUCGAAAUAACUGCGGAAAAACGGAAUUUAAGUGUUCCAACUGCCCGAAAAUCUUUGGCAAAAAGUUCCUUCUCUUGCGACAUAUGAAACGCAUCCAUGUAGAAUCUAAACCUCAUGUCUGUCCUGUUCUGAUGUGCAACAAAAGCUUUGCGACAACGACAACUUUGAAGAAGCACAUAAUACGGCAUUCUAACGAGCGUCCCUUCGAAUGUGACAGCUGCUCGAAGACAUUUAAAUCCACAGAAGAAUUAAAAAGGCACUCGGAUAUUCACUCUGACGAACGUCCCUAUAUAUGUGAGCACUGCGCGAUGAAUUUUAAAAGGUCUGAAAACUUAAGACGGCACAUAGCAGUAAUACACAAGCAGGAUAACGCCAAUUAACAAAAACUGCAUGAGUUGUCAAAACAUCUUUAGUUCCCUAUGACGCUGGAUGUGCCGUUUGUAUAGUCAAAAUGAGAGUAUAACUACUCAGAGUCGAGAUCCCGAAAAUAGAAUAGCUGUUACCUUUUUCAAUAUAUGCAUAUUAAAGUAUUUUAUAGAAAUUACUAUCUAAUAAAAACUAAGAGUUUGUUCAAAUCCAAAA